UCUCUCCGGUUGGGUCAUAUGAUCCUCCUCCAGUUCUGUGCCAGCUUUCCUCAAACAACAGCUGAACAUGGCGGAUUUUGAGGAGCGGCGGUCGCUGUUGGGAGACGAAAAUGAAGACCGAGGCCCCGGAAGACAACUGUCCGCCAUCUGCGACCCCAGCCACGUCCUACACCGAGUGGUCGUCCUGGUUUUUAUGUGCUUCCUGGGAUUCGGGAGCUACUUCUGUUAUGACAACCCAGCAGCACUUCAAACUCAAGUCAUACAGGAUAUGAACUUGAACACUGCUGAGUUCAUGCAGCUGUAUGCCUGGUAUUCCUGGCCCAAUGUGGUCCUCUGCUUCUUGGGAGGAUUUCUCAUCGACAGGGUUUUUGGCAUCAGGCUUGGAACCAUCAUCUUUUCCCUAUUUGUCUGUGUUGGACAGGUAAUAUUUGCAGCCGGAGCGUGGUCCAAUCAUUUUUGGCUAAUGGAAGCUGGACGCUUUGUAUUUGGUAUCGGCGGAGAGUCUCUAGCCGUGGCCCAAAACACGUAUGCAGUCAACUGGUUCAAAGGCAAAGAGCUCAAUCUGGUGUUUGGUCUUCAGCUGAGCAUGGCUCGACUGGGCAGCACAGUGAACAUGAACAUCAUGGGCUGGGUCUACAGUAAAGUUGCGGUCGCUGUCGGUUCCUCUGGACACACGACCCUCGGGAUAUCACUCAUGAUAGCGGCUGGAACCUGUGUGUUUUCUCUAAUCUGUGCCUUGGUGCUGGGAUUUCUGGAUAAGAGAGCAGAGAGGAUCCUUCACAAGGAACAGGGGAGAACGGGCGAAGUUAUAAAGCUGACUGAUGUGAAGGAUUUCUCCCUGUCCCUGUGGCUCAUCUUCAUCAUUUGCGUGUUUUACUAUGUCGCCAUUUUCCCCUUUAUUGGACAGGGCCAGGUAUUCUUUAUUGAAAAAUUCAACUUCUCCCCAGCACAAGCCAGAGCCGUCAACAGCAUCGUGUACAUCAUCUCAGCUCCCGCGUCUCCAAUUCUCGGCUUUAUCGUCGAUAAGACUGGGAGAAAUAUCGGCUGGGUCUUUGCGGCCGUCAUCGCAACUCUCUGUGCUCACAUGAUGCUGGCCUUCACCUUCUGGAACCCGUGGAUCGCUAUGUCCCUGCUGGGCGUCUCGUACUCCCUGCUGGCCUGUGCGCUGUGGCCCAUGGUGGCCUUCGUGGUGCCUGAGCAUCAACUGGGAACGGCCUAUGGCUUCAUGCAGUCCAUCCAGAACCUGGGGCUUGCCGUCAUCGCGAUCGCAGUCGGAGUCAUUGUGGAUAUAAGAGGAUACCUGGUGUUGGAAGUGUUCUUCUGCGCCUGCAUUUGCAUCGCGCUGAUGGCAGUGGUGGGGUUGUACUUUGUGGAUUAUCUUAAAGGUGAAGGUCUGAACCGGUCAGCUGCAGAAAGGGCCAAACUCCAGAAGGAGACAGCUGAACAUGCAGAAUGACGUGGAGCGAACACACAUGGUCCUGGGCUUCAGAACCAGCCAGUUGCACUGUCCACCCCAGAGCUUUCAGUCUGCGGCCAAUGGGGCGGGACCGCGGUUCUGGCUCCGCCCAGUGACGUCAUCUGUGGCUCUUCGCACCUGAACUGACUGGCUGUUGCUUAAACCCCGUGUUGAUAUAAGGACGCUCAUGAAUGGCAAAUCUCAGUUUGGACAUGAAAACUACUUCUUCUCACCUGACCACAGUUCCUCCUGCUCUUAAUAACAACUAACUCAUGUGUGUGUGUGUGUACAGCAUGAAGGUUAUUAACUCCUAGAAACCUACAGUGUUUACAGACCGUCAAGGGGAAUGGUGCUCUUAUUCCUUUUUUUAAAAAAAAAAAAAUCCUUGAUUUAUUAUUUUUUGGUUUUAACUCAGAAAAUAAGGUUCACAUUUCAGUUCAACUUUGUGGGUAUUGUGUUUCCAGAAGAACUUGUUUAACUUGUCACACGUCGGCGUUAUCACUGCCAAGCUAAACUCUCAUAAUGGAGUCGGCGCACUUAUUUUCUCGCUGCAAUCUUUAGUCGGAUGCAUCAUUGACCUUUUGGUGGAUAAUCUCCAGCAGAGCAUGGCUCAUCACUGUUUAAGCUUUAUUGCUCUGUUAUUUUAUCCCCUAAACUCUUUAACCGCUUUUCAAUGAGCUAUGAAGUUCAUAAGAGUUAAUUUUCUGUCGCAUCAUCUAUUAAUGUGCAGAUAUAAAAAAAGAAAAAAUCGGGCCCGCUUACGAACCCAUUUAACUGUGUAAUGAUGCUCAGCCUUGGUGUCUGUAGUUGCAUUUUUUUUUAACGCAAGUCUUUUUUUUAAUAUUUAAAAAAAGACUUAAAUGUUUCACAGAUUUUUGUCGUUUAAACUCGGGUGAUUAAGUUGAUCGAAGCACUUUCCGAAAUUCCUGCUUGCUUCAGACUGUUUGUGCACUUGGCUUUAACAAAUUGCAUUGUGGCCAUGAAGGUGGAGAUUACAGUCUCCAUUUGCUUGUCGGAGUUGCAGACAUGGUCACGGCCCAGUGGGUGAUUCUCACCAUAUUUCUCAUAUUUUUACGUUGAAGCAAAAAUAUCUGCUAUAUAUUUGAAAGUGGAGAAAAAUCUAUUUCUUGCAUAUUGAUUGUGGUCAUAAAGCCAUGUAUAUUUUAUUUAAAUGCAAAGAAAAACUAGUGUAACAAAGCACUUUGAUAGUUGGAAGAGAAAAAGGCACACUUGAAAUGAUCAAAUUAAGAUUAAAAAAAUGUGGAAACGCCGAUCUGUGUAAAUAUGGGUGAGAAAUGAAUUGUGCAAGAUUUGUUGAAGCAAAAAACAUUCUUGACCAUUAAAGUGGAAUUUUCAUUAUGAAUUAAAUUUCCAAUCUAAAAACUAAGUUUGAAAACUGAAUUGAGUUUGAAGACCACAACCACUAUUUAAGAAAAAACAAAGCUUCCAGAAGUAAAAGCCAGGCUAUAAAGGUAACUUUUAAAAAAAGAAAAGAAAAAAAACCCUCCACACUAGUGAGUCAUAGAGGCUGUUUUUUUAUGAGUUAACACUUGUUACAUUUAACUGUUGAUUUGCUGAAAUUAUCUGUAAAAUACCAAUUAUACAAUGUUUGAAGAAGCAAACACUUGCAACCAAGUGCUAUGACACUUUUAAUAAACAUAAAUUAUUUGUUAA